CAAUUUUUUCACGUCUUCAGAAGUGAAAUCUGAGUGUGGAAAACAUGGCUGACGAUUUGGCAGAAAACUUGCGCACGUAUAAGCUUCAGUUGAGUCAGGUUGAAGCCGCGUUGAUCGCAGAGAAAGACAGUGCGGAGCUGCUGAAACUCCAGGCAGAUUUGAAGGAAGUUAUUGAACUAACCACCGAACUCAUAAAGAACCAAGUCACUACGCGUGAAAGCAAUACCAAGAAGGAGAACGAUGUUUAUGUUCCGGAUGACGACGAGGAUCUCAGAACAAUCGAAAUUCAGUGGAAAAGCGGCGAUCAGUGCCUCGCUCCGUGGUCAAAAGAUAAAACGAGUGGGAAACUUUACCGGGCUGUGAUUGAGGAGGUGAAUGAAGGAGGACUUUGCACCAUCAUGUUUCCGAAGUGGGGAACCCCUGAUGUUACACUGGUCACUAAAUUACGUCCCCUGCCCGCUGAGAUGCGAGCCAGGCUGGAAGCCGAGGAGGAAGAGGAAGAAAUGCGGAAAGCAACGGGGAAGCAGUUCAUGAAUAUAAUCAGAAUGUUUCAUUUGGAGAAAGAUGGCGGCCUAAAUGUUCAGGCCCUGUAG